AUGUCCCUUCUUCACAAUGAGGACUUCACAAUCUGGCAACUACGUUCGUCUUACCUCUCGACGAUUAAAGACGGAAUUGGAGAUCGCCUCAUCAACGUCAAUGAUUCAGUCCUGAAUACCCCGGGUUUCCGCGCGGCGGGCUGGUCAACCGCCUCCGCGUUCCCGAAUACACACAGCUCAUCCCACCUGAAGCGCACCUACUCCCCGCCGAUUCCCACUACUGCAAAUGUAUCUUCGGAGUAUUACAAACUCGCGGAGCGCAAUGCGAGACCCUCAAAUCAUGAUUUGCAAGGUCUUGGUAUGGAGGACGGUGACGAUGAUGGGGGCAUGGUGACCGGCAAGAGCCAUACGGAGAUGACCGCACGACGACAUCAUGCGCGAAACGGAAAGAAGAAGAGUCGACGAGAACGGCAGCAAGAGGUACAGAGGCAAGCUGUUGCGGAGGAGGAUGACAGCAGUGAUUUAAGUGACGACAGCGACGACGACGAAGGGGACAAUGUCGGGAGUGCUGUUGAUCAGAUCAAAUUCCACAAGAUGCCCAUUCGCCGAGACCGAGCUGAUUCCUCUCCAAGGCGCUCGGAAGACCAGAAGGAGAGACCAGAAGUGAUGAUUACAUCUCCGUCAACCCAAACCAUUGCGAACCAGUACAACUCGAUUCCGCUCAGGCCUCGUCGAGACACAACUACUAGCAGCGACCUAUCGACAGAUAACGAAACUGAUCACCGAGGCUACAAGAGUCAGGUUUCAUUCUCCGGAAGCGACCAUAUUGUCGAUCAUCCUCGCAGGCGGCGUGAACGAACUGGAAGUCGCGGCGCAGAGAGCCUGGCUCUUGGAGAACUUCACGAGGAGGACGAGGAAGACUCUGGCGCCGAGUCCGUGGUGUCUGCAAUCUCGUCUGAUUUCGACAACACUGCAGGAUCUGGCUCUUUGCUUUUGGCAGGCGUUGCCGGAGGGUUGAAUUUGUCCUCACCCAUGGUGAUGAUGAACAAAUUACCCCCAGGCACAGGGCCACAGAACAGUUCACACCGCAAAAGUCGUGCACCGGCACCUACAUUACAAGAUCUUCCUCCGCCGCGACCUAUCAGCAUGGUACAGCCAGUUAGUCUGUUGACCAGUCAACUGAAGGCACGGAAGCGCGCACCAAGUAACCCGGUGGACAAAUUCGUGGUGCUCUCUGGGCGAGGCCAAGAAGAUGCCUUGUACCUGAAGAUUUACGCCCCAUUCUCUAGUGACCCUGAAGAUCCGCUGGAUCUGCCGGUGACCCGCGAGUCCAAGCUCGCAGAGCAGCCUGCACCGGUCACUGUUGCCGAAACAAUCGGCCUAGCUCUAUGGAAAUACUCAGCAGAUUCUCGUGGCCCAGCGCUAGGCCGUGAAAAGUUGACUGUAAAUCGGUGGACUUUACGAAUGGUUGAUGAUGGCGAAGUCGAAUAUGACUUCCCAGCACUUGGCCGAACCCUCCCUAUGACGGACUUCACGUCAAACAAUAACCAACCCCCCAAAGCCCGACAGCGAACAAGAGGCAAACCCUACGACGAGUUCGCUUUGGUCGAAGCAUCGAAGACCGAGUUUGAGGAAAAUGAAAAGCUGUACCCACAGUUCAGUUCCAGUGUUGGAUCAGACGAGACCGACCAACCUGCCAACCUGACGGCUCCGGGGACUACCCAACAGCCUACCUCAAACAGCAAGACCCCUCAGAUCACACCAGCUCGGGCAAAUCCCAUCCUGGGCCAGCCGUUCUCAUCAGCACUCAACCACAGUACUCUCACACCCGCCGAUCGACCCGCAGUGCCCACUUCGCAUGCCACUCCUCGCAUGGGUGUUGCGAAAACCCUCAAGAUUCGUUUCAUUAACACAGAGGCUUCUGCCCAUGUUAUGACCAUCAACACAUCCACCGAUAGCUAUAUUGCCGAAAUCCUGGACUCUGUGUGCAAGCGAUGGGGUCAAGACAAGGGUAACUACCUGCUCAAGGUGAUGGGGUCCAACACGAUUGCGCCUCUGGACCGCACUGUGGAGGCACUGGGUAGCAUCACCGAGCUUGAUCUGGUUCGCCGCCGCUUUGGUGGUGGUCCCCUCGCUCUCGGAACUUCACCCGGUAGCUCAUCACCGAACGCACCUCUCAUGGUAGAAAGCACCGAGCCAGCAACCUCCAAGAAAGCCAAGAAGGAGGCCAAGAAGGGUGCACAGCGUAUGCUGCCUUCCGCUUCUCAGAAACAGGACCACCUGGGUGGAUACUACCGCCGGUACCACGUGUUCCGCAAACAACCCAUGUCUUUCACAGCCUCCAAUCAUCGUAUCCUUACCUUUGAAAAUGACUACAUGCACAUUGUGCCUGGGGAUACCGGCAAAACAGCUUCUGGAGGCAAGACCCGGUCGAUCAGUUUCAGCGAUGUGAUCGGUUCCAAGGUCAGCCGGAGACACCCCAAGAGCUUCCGCGUGAUGAUCGUUCGAGGAAACGACGCCACCGAACAGAAGCGGUAUGACUUUGAAGCACGCAGCACUGGCGAGGCAGAUGAGAUUGUCAGUGAGAUCAAGAAGAACAUGGCACAUUAUCGCAUUUGA